AAGGGUGUUUACUUCUCAUUAAAGAACAUUGGAGUUGUCGUGUCCCAUCCAUAUGGAUCCAGAGCUGCAAGAAAUGUGCCUGUCCCCCAAAUUCGGGGGUCGGCUCUUAAGAAUAAAAUUGGAACCCCCUGAUGCUGCCUGUCUACACGAACAGGGACAGAUACAGGAACAGUACCGUGUUGAAUCUCCAUCAAGAGGAAAUGGUUGCGGGGAGACAGUUGGCACGUGCCACAUCAAAGAUUCUCUGGACAACUCUUCAAACGAACGUGGGAUCAUACAGUCGAAAACGGAACCGUACAACACUGCACUUUUGGUGGUACAGGACGAAAUGGGACACAGGCAUGACUCAACGUCUCAAGAUGCACCUACAAGCAGUCGCAUGCUUCAUGUUAAGGAUGAACCCACAGACAGUUGUGAUCCACCAGUGUCCCCAGUUACCCUAAAGCAUCCUGUUGCAGCGAAGCCCCGGGUGGAAGACUUCAGUCCGGCUACAUUCUCCCAGUCCGAGGGUGCCCAGAGCCACAUGCAGGGGCACGCUUACAAGACGGCGUACAAGUGCAAUCUCUGUCCCGAAGAGUUCAUCCUAAGCGCACACUUGAAGCGUCACAAGAAGACACACGUGUGCAACAAGCCAAACAAGUGCGACCUCUGUCCUGCAGCAUUCAGCCGGAGCAGUGACCUGCGCCGUCACAAGAAGACGCACACAGGCGAGAAGCCAUACAAGUGCGAUCUUUGUCCCGCAAUGUUCGCCUACAGCUCAAGCUUGCAGUACCACAAGAAGGUACACGCGGGUGUAAGGCAGCACAAGUGUGACCUCUGUCCCUCCGAGUUCACCCGACUGCAGCACCUGAAGGAUCACGUGCGGAUUCAUACGGGUGAGAAGCCGUACAAGUGCGAUCUCUGUCCUGCCGAGUUCGUCCGGAGCACGUACCUGCGGUGUCACAGGAGGACGCACACGGGCGAGAGGCCACACAAGUGCAGUCUCUGUCCCGCAGAGUUCAGCCACGGCACGCACCUGCGGCGCCACAGGCGGACACACGCAGGCGAGAAGCCAUACAAGUGCAGUCUCUGUCCCUCCGAGUUCACCCAGAUGCACCACCUGAAGGAACACUCGUGGAUUCAUUCUGAUGAGAAGCCGUACAAGUGCAACCUCUGUCCUGCAUCGUUCAUCCGGGGCACGUACCUGCAGUGUCACAAGAAGACACACGGGCAAGAAGCUGCACAGGUGUGAUCUCUGUCCUGCAGGGUUCAUCCGCAGCAUGUACCUGCAGUGUCACCAGAAGACACA